UCUCUUGUUUCCUCUUUUCUGCUAUUAUUAAGAGCUUGUUGGCGUUUGAAAUUCAUCAAUUCUUAAGAAACAUAGAGCAGAUUGUAGGUUUUAAUAAUGGCGAAUUAUGGUCCAUAUUCGUACCACGAUCCCUAUCGAUACCCUCAACCUCCACCUCCCCAUUCAGAUUCAUACCCACCUUCUGCAUCGUCUUCUCCUCCUCAUCCUUAUCCGUAUCCCUAUCCCUAUCCUCCAUCUCAUUCCUUCCCAUACCCACAACCUCCACAGCAGCCACCCCCAGUGUACCACAGCCACUCUGGAUCCUUAGACUACCAUUACCCUCCUCCGUCUCACUCUGCACCGGGUCCCUAUCCUUACCCAUAUCCCAAUCCUCAUUACCCUUCCCCUGUUACCCAUAGUUCUCCUCCGCGGCUUCAAUACAAUGCUAGUUUCACUGAAGGCUCCUCGCAUCACCCAACCCAGCAAUCUAAUCCCUACCCACCACCUGAAAGUCAUCACACGGGCCAUUCUCGUGUUAAUAGCUUACCCAGUUUCCACCUACAAGAAAGUUCAGCAUCGGCUGGUGUUGGGUCCUCCCUCCAUCAUGAAGAUGUUGGCAGCUCGUCCCAGUCCCACUCCUCUGUUUAUCCCCCAAUUGAUGAUCUUUUAGCUAGAGUCCAGUUGUCAGAUCACAAUUCUUCUGCCCCUCCGACAGUUUCAAAUUCGUCCCCCAAGUUGCAGAGCCUGAGUGCAAGAAGGUACGGUAACCGGGUGGACAUGUAUGGUUAUCCUAAUGAUUCGUUCCCAAACAUACGACAUUCGCAUUCAGGGCCAUUGCCUCUUCCUCAAUCCCCUUAUGCCGCUUUGCCAUCAUUUGAGGGAUCACUUCACGGUCAGAGUCUACAGAUGGUUCCAUUUCAAGCAUCUAAAGUGUCUUUGAAGGUGUUGCUGUUGCAUGGGAAUUUAGAUAUCUGGAUCCGUGAUGCAAGAAACCUUCCCAACAUGGACAUGUUCCAUAAGACCUUAGGAGACAUCUUUGGGAGCCUGCCGGUAAAUGUCACCAACAAAAUCGAGGGGCGCAUGAAUCAUAAGAUAACCAGUGAUCCGUAUGUCACAGUGUCAGUGUCCAGCGCUGUAGUUGCACGUACUUUUGUGAUCAGCAAUACUGAGAACCCUGUUUGGAUGCAGCAUUUUAAUGUUCCUGUGGCACAUUAUGCUGCAGAAGUUCACUUUAUUGUCAAAGACAGUGAUGUUGUUGGCUCCCAGGUAAUGGGGGUUGUAGGCAUCCCAGUGGAGCAGAUAUACUCAGGAGCAAAAGUUGAGGGAUCCUUCCCAAUCCUCAAUGCUAAUGGGAAGCCCUGUAAACCGGGAGCCCAAUUGAGUCUUUCAAUUCAAUAUACUCCAAUAGACAAACUGACCAUUUACGAUAAUGGAGUUGGAUCAGGCCCUGAUUAUCCUGGUGUUCUGGGUACAUAUUUUCCUCUUAGGAAAGGUGGAAAAGUUACACUUUAUCAAGAUGCCCAUGUUCCUGAUGGUUGUCUGCCAAACCUGAAGCUAGAUCAUGGGAUGCUGUUCGAACAUGGCAAGUGUUGGAGUGACAUGUUUGCUGCAAUAAGUCAGGCUCGUCGUUUAAUUUACAUCACAGGGUGGUCUGUGUUCCACAAAGUCAGACUCGUCCGGGAUGCUGGUUAUGCAUCAGACUGUACCCUGGGGGAUCUUCUCACAACCAAGUCGCAGGAAGGUUUGAGAGUUCUUCUUCUUGUAUGGGAUGAUCCUACUUCAAGGAGCAUCUUGGGCUAUAAAACGGAUGGAGUCAUGCAGACCCAUGAUGAAGAGAUUAGACGCUUCUUCAAGCACUCUUCAGUGCAGGUUCUACUUUGCCCCCGAUCUGCUGGAAAACGACAUAGCUGGGCCAAACAGCAGGAAGUUGGAACAAUCUACACCCAUCAUCAGAAAACCGUGAUUGUGGAUGCUGACGCCGGUGAUAAUAAGAGAAAAAUCAUAGCUUUUGUUGGAGGACUUGAUUUAUGUGAUGGGCGGUAUGAUACUCCAAGACAUCACCUAUUUCGGACACUAGAAACUGUUCAUAAGGAUGACUAUCAUAACCCCACUUUCACGGGGCCAACUGUUGGUUGUCCAAGGGAACCAUGGCAUGACCUGCACAGUAAAAUUGAUGGACCAGCAGCAUAUGAUGUUCUUACCAACUUUGAAGAGCGUUGGCUAAAAGCUUCAAAACCCCAAGGGAUAAAAAAAUUAAAAAAAUCAUAUGAUGAUGCUUUGCUCAGGUUAGAAAGAAUUCCUGACAUCAUUGGUGUGCUCGAUGCUCCUUACCUAACUGAGAAUGAUCCAGAGUCUUGGCAUGUCCAGGUAUUCCGUUCAAUUGAUUCAAAUUCUGUGAAAGGCUUUCCAAAGGAUCCAAGAUAUGCUACAAGCAAGAACUUGGUAUGCGGUAAAAAUGUGCUGAUUGACAUGAGCAUACAUACAGCAUAUGUGAAGGCCAUCCGAUCUGCCCAACAUUUCAUUUAUAUUGAAAACCAAUACUUCCUUGGGUCAUCAUACAAUUGGUCUCAACACAAAGACUUAGGUGCAAACAAUCUAAUACCAAUGGAAAUUGCUCUAAAAAUUGCCAACAAAAUCAGAGCAAAUGAGAGAUUCUCUGCCUAUAUAGUUGUUCCAAUGUGGCCAGAGGGUGUUCCAACAGGUACUGCUACACAAAGGAUUCUCUUUUGGCAGAAUAAAACGAUGCAAAUGAUGUAUGAAACAAUUUACAAUGCUUUGGAAGAGGUUGGGCUCGAGAAUACUUAUACACCAGAAGACUAUUUGAAUUUCUUCUGCCUUGGCAAUCGUGAGACUCUAGAUGGGAAUGACAUCCCAACUGUACAAAAUCCAACUCCAACAAACUCUCCUCAGGCACUUUGCCGGAAAAGUCGACGCUUUAUGAUCUACGUUCAUUCAAAAGGCAUGAUAGUAGAUGAUGAGUAUAUUAUAUUGGGGUCUGCGAACAUCAACCAGCGAUCCAUGGAAGGCACAAGAGACACAGAGAUUGCAAUGGGUGCCUAUCAGCCUUUGCAUACAUGGGCUAAAAAUGGAUAUAAUCCAUGUGGACAGAUUUAUGGGUAUAGAAUGUCUCUGUGGGCAGAGCACAUUGGAAUUCUUGAGGAAUGUUUUACACUACCAGAGAGCCUUGAAUGUGUUAGACGGGUUAGGUCCUUGGGUGAGCAGAAUUGGAGACAAUUUGCUGCUGAUGAAAUAACAGAGAUGAAGGGACACCUCCUGAAGUACCCAGUGGAAGUUGAUCCAAAGGGCAAGGUGAAACCUCUUCGUGGAUGCGAAAGUUUCCCAGAUGUGGGAGGGACCAUAGUAGGAACCUUUUUUGCCAUUCAAGAAAAUCUUACCAUCUAAUCCACUAAUCAAUCAAUGAUUGCGGCAGUCAACCUCCCACGGUUCACAGUUCUAGAAUUUUUGGCUCUGCAACAAAGACCAAUCAAGCCAAAGUUUAGCAAAUGCCACAUGUGGAAAGGAUCUCACUUUUUUGGAAACUAUAGUUAGUAAGAUUAGUGGAAUUUAUGCAGGUGUUCUUCUGAACUGUAAAUUAUGUGUGAGUUUCCACUCCAUUAUUUGUUGUCACAAGUUUUUUCAAUAAUACAAAACUUGCACUGUAGAUGUAUUGAUUAAUAACGAGUUAGAGGGAUUUGUUUGUAUAAUUACGUUGGAUGAAAUUUUGGAGAUAAAUAUUGUAUAUUUAUGCCCAUAGAGUAAUAAAAGGAUUAAUUAUGUGCAAUAAUACAGAAUUAAUUUGCCAAA